AUGCCUCCCAAAAACACUUAGAGUGGAUUUAUGUCUGUAGAAUAGAGAUCAGAAAUAGGAGAUUUCUCUAGACAUACUCCAGCAAGAUCACUUGCAUAACCUCGUAAUAGAUCGAUUCUAGCUACAGCAUCAAGGAGAACAGGAACAUAAUCUUAACAUUCUCCAACAAGAAUGACUGUUGAAACACAUGAAGCAGUAUAUUGGGGAACAAAUAUUGAUGAAAGAGCUAUUGAAAAAUAAUUUGAUAGAUUUUUAAAAGAAUAUAGAUAUGGAGGUAUGGAAUAUUAUAUGAGUCAAUUGAAUUAAUUAAAUGAAACAGAUUAAUUCAUCUUAAAUAUUGAUGGCAGACAUUUAUUAGAAUUCAAUAAUCAUUUGUAUUAACAAUUAAUUCAUUAUCCAGCAGAAAUAAUUCCAAUUUUUGAUACUGUAGUAUAAAAAGUGUUUUAUGAUGAUUUUUUAUCUUUAAAAGCAAGAAAUGAAUAAGAGAGAGAAGAAUUUAGAUUAUAUGCAUAAAGAUUAUUAAUAGGUAUUAUAAAUCUGGAGAGAAAUGUUUAAGUGAGAGAAUUGAAUCCAAAGGAUAUAAAUAAAUUAAUAAGUGUAACAGGAAUAGUAAUUAGAUGUAGUGAAUUAUAUCCAGAUAUGAAAUAAGCUACAUUCAAAUGCACUAAAUGUGGUCAUUAAGUAGGAGUAAAUAUUGAAAGAGGAAGAGUUGAAGAACCUAUUAGUUGUUAAAGAUGUAGAGACAAGAAUUCCUAUGAACUCAUACAUAAUCUCUGUUAAUUUACAGAUAAAUAAUAUGUUAAGUUGUAAGAAUAACCUGAAAAUGUACCANCAGCUGUUUAGAUAGUUUUGACAACUUCUGCAACUUUUGAAUUUAUUAUGUCAAUUUUAUCACUUACUACAUUCUAAGGAUUGUUUUGUAAUUUACCAUUAACUGAUAUAAAAGAUACAGGAUUUACAUCUGGAGAGAAUGUAUACUUGACAUUCUUCUCCAUGAUAGAAAUGACUCCUUGUAUUUUAGUACCAAUUAUUUUUUUUUAUAUCCCAUAAAUAAAAUAAUAAUAAAGUCAAACGAAUGAGUUUAACUUAAAUGAAACUUUUUUAUUACAAUCUGCAAGACAAUCUUUGGAUUUUAGUGGAUUAAUAAAUAUUUCUAUUGAAUUAAAAUAAUGA